CAAACUUAGAGAAGGCAGCUGUGUCGGUUCGCCAGAUCAAGUGCGACCGCCGUGCGCAGUGGACCUGCUUUAGCGACACCGGCUUUUCGAGCGACGGCACCAUGAAAUUCUUCGCAAUAAUCGUGCUGUUGGCAUUAGUGGUUGGAGAGGUGAGGCCGGCUGCCCGCGCGCAGGAUGAGAGCGAGGCGCGCUCCCCUUCCAGGGCGGGACUCCUCAAGCGCGGACUCAAGGGCAAGCCCACAACGACCACCACCACGCAGGCGCCUGAGGAGGAAGUGGAAUAUGACGACGCCGAUUACGCCGCUGAGGAACAACAGGAGCCCUCCACCGAGGCUCCGCCUUCAUCCACGGAGGGCAAGAAGCUUGUGGCGGGAGGCGUCAGGCCUUUCAGAAGCAACACAGACCUUCUCGAGACACUGAAGAGAAGGCGAGCCCAAGCUGCAGAACAAUCUAAGCACGGUCACUCUUCCGGUGCGCAAGAAUCUUCAGCAGCUGAAACUGCCGCCAAAGGUAGCUACAGCAAGAAACGCUUCAAUAACCCGCCGCCUGCGCGUGAGAGCAACAACGAGGAGGCUCCCGCGGCACCUGCGUCCUCCGCGAAGCCCACCAGAGGGCGUUUUGGACGACCAGCCACAAGGGCCAUCCAAGAAACUGAAGCAGAAGAGCAAUACGACGCCCCAGCCCCCACUAGAACCGGGCGAGGUUUCGCCAGGCGAGGCGGCUAUUAAAAGCGGCCCCCAUAGCUCUUCACAAAUCCUUACUCCCACCAUCCAUUUCCUAUAUAAAUCAUGCAGUGAGUAAGGCGAUAGUCAAGAACAUUAAUAUAUUUUUUUAAGCCACAAUACAAUUUCAAAAUCGGUUCUAUUUAAACAGCGCUGUGAGAUACCACUUGAUCUAAACUUACCACGUGGUAAUUAGUGUCUUAAGACUGACUGUAUAACAAGUAAUAAUAGCCUUUGUAUAAUAAUGCUAGUAGUGAAACCGAUUGGUUAAACUGUUACAUAAAAUGUUAUUUUAUAUUUCUUAAUUGGGACGUCUUCAUCAGAAGCUUAAACAAAUUUUGAGACAUCACAACAUUUACUAUGGAUUAUUUUA